AUGGCUUCCAAAGUUGUUGCUUCAUCUGCACUUUUCCUUCUCUUCAAUCUUCUCUUCUUCACCAUGGUCAGCUCAACUUCCGUUCCGUGCCCUCCACCACCAGCCACCCCAAGCGGUGGCCACGGCCACAAACCCCAUCCACCAUCAAAGGGAAAGUGCCCUAAAGAUACUCUGAAAUUAGGAGUGUGUGCCGACUUGCUAAAUGGCUUGGUGAACGUAGUCGUUGGAACCCCUCCAAAAACUCCAUGCUGCUCCCUUAUCCAAGGUCUAGCCGAUCUUGAGGCUGCGGUUUGCCUUUGCACUGCCAUUAAAGCUAAGGUUUUGGGCAAAUUGGAAUUACAUGGUCAAAGGGAGAGCUUGUUGCUUAAUUACUGUGGGAAGAAUGUCCCAUCUGGCUUCCAGUGCGCAUAA